AUGGCCCCCCAAAACAUCCUCAUCGUAGGAGCCACCGGCAACCAAGGCGGCGCCACCCUCAAAGCCCUCCUCAACCUCCCCCCCAACCCGACCAACCCCAUCCACAUCCUCGCCCUGACUCGCGACGCCCAGUCCCCUCGUGCCCAAGCCCUCGUCGCCGCCCACCCCAAAACCAUCACCCUCAUCCAAGGCGACAACGCCAACCCCAAGCCCAUCUUCGCCUCGCAGCCCAAGGGCUCCAUCACGGGCCUCUUCGUGGUCACCGCCAACGGCACCAAGGUGAGCGAGGAAGACCAGGCCAUCCCGCUGAUUGAUGCCGCCGUGGCCCAUGGGGUGAAACACAUCGUCUUUGCCUCCGUCGAGCGCGGGGGGGAGGUGACAAGCUGGAGCACACCGACCAAUGUUAAAUCCUUCCUCGAGAAACACCACAUCGAGCUCUACCUCCGCGACAAAGCCGCGCUGGCCGAAAAAGACGGCAACAGCAGCAACAAAUUCACCUGGACCAUCCUCCGCCCCUCAGGGUUCAUGGACAACUUCAACCCGGGCUUCAACGCCUCCAUGUUCACAGCCAUGUGGACGGCGGGGCUCUCACCCACCACGCGCAUCCCACUGAUCAGCACGCGGGAUAUCGGUGUGUUUGCAGCGCGGGCGCUGGCCGAUCCGGAAGCGCAUGCGGGCAGGGCGAUUAGCCUCGCGGCGGAUUACAUGACGCUUGCGGAGAUCAAGCAGGUUUUUGAGCGGACGGUGAAACCCGGGCAGAAGUUUCCGCAGACGUUUACGUUUUUGGGGAAGGCGCUGAUGUGUUAUAUCAAGGAGCUGAAGGUGAUGUUUGAGUUUUUUGAGACGUGUGAGUAUGAGGUGGAUAUUGCGAAGGUGAGGGCGGAGGUGCCGGAGGUGUUGGAUUUUGAGCAGUGGUUGAGGGUGGUUAGUAAGUGGGAGACUUAG